CUUGCCUGAAGCGCAUAAAUCGAACAACUGCAACGGUAUGGACUCGCCCACACCGUCCCAGCGGCGCGCUAAGAGGGGGCAGCAUUGCGCGUGAUGCGAAAAAUCCAAGGCUUGACACUCCUCCUCGCAGUAGCGAGCCACCGCGUGAAACGCGUCGGGAGAAAACGCGUCCGCGGUCCGCCGCGAAUAUUUGCGUCGGGGUUCGAUAACUUUUCCUCUUUUCGCUCAGCGCCGAUGCAUAUGACCCUGGGGCCCCGCCGG